CCAGCCACCCAGUCGUUAGUCGAUCGUUGCGCAGUGACGUUGUGCGCGCGUCCCGUGUGUGUUGCUGGCGUCGAUUUAUACUCUUGCUAUUUAUUAUUGUUAUUAUUAUUUCCACCGACGCUUUCUCCGUGUCCACCUAACGCGUUUACCACCGUCGUCGGUAUUUAGCGGGUUCGGGUUUUUUUUUUACAAUAAUUAUUAUUUGAGCAUCUCUAGUAUUACAUACUUUCGCGGUGUUUUUUUUUUUUUUUAAUUUUAGUCGUACGAUCGCGAUUUUCCGUUAAAAAUAUAUUUCAUAUUACACUCGACAUAAUAAUCGAUGACGAUCGUCGCGUCGUUGUAUUAGUAGAUUUUUUCUUGUUUUUGGAAAGCGCCGUUCGUUUUGAAAACGAGAAAACCCGCCUACCCGUCCGAUUGGGAUUAUUGAGAAAAAUAUCGUCAUCAUCGUUACACGGAGAAAAAUGAACAUUCCGGUAGCCGCUUUUGCGGUGCUGUUAUCACUGUUGUGUUUUGGCGCCAAUCGCGGUCUGGCCGCAGCGACUAAAUCGAAUAGUAUCGUCAGCAACACCACUGUAGAGCAGAGCAACAGCAGCAACAAUACCCCUGUCAAGAGGCCAAUGCCCCACGUCGAGUGCACCCUGAGGCAGCAUACCUGUGGCAAUGGCAAGUGCGUUCCCCUGGCUUGGACUUGUGACGGCGACGACGAUUGCGGCGACAACACGGACGAGUCGCCGGCCUUGUGCAAAACAGUUUUGGCCAACUUGACGUGUGCCGAAAACGAAUUCCAGUGCAAUAACGGACAUUGCAUAUCUCUGCACUGGCAAUGCGACAACGAAGAAGAUUGCAAAGACGGCAGCGACGAGGAUCCGAAAAUAUGUCGCGAUAGGCCCUGCGUUGACGGGCAGUUUGAAUGCGAUAAAGGAUUGUGCGUAUCUCCGGCUCUGGUUUGCGACGGGCAAACGGAUUGUCUUAACGGCGCUGACGAAGCGUACUGCAAGAAACGGGUGUGCAACGCGGACGAGUUCACGUGCAGGAAGACCAAGGGCGAAUGCAUACCUCUGACUUGGAUGUGCGACGGUAACGCCGACUGUUCGGACGGUUCGGACGAGAGGGAAUGCAACGAGACGUGCAGAGACGACGAGUUCACGUGUGGCGACGGCAAGUGCAUACAGAAGAUGUGGGUGUGCGACCGCGACGACGACUGCCAAGACGGGUCGGACGAACGGCACUGUCCCAACCUGGUGUGCUCGCAGUCCGAGUUCGCGUGCGUCAAGGACAACAUGUGCAUCUCGUUGAACUGGAAGUGCGACGGCGACUUUGACUGCAGCGACAAGACCGACGAAGCGGGCUGCGAGGAAUCCGCCAGAGUGUCCGAGUGCCGGGCUUCCGAGUUCGAGUGCGAAGACCGCAGCCACUGCGUCAUCCAGUCUUGGGUGUGCGACGGCAGCGUGGACUGUGCCGACGGGUCGGACGAGGCGCCGCACCGGUGCCACAACACCACGUGCCGGUCCGACCAGUUCCGGUGCAGAGACAACACGUGCAUUCCCGGGUUCCUGCAUUGUUCCGGCACCGCGGACUGCGCGGACGGCAGCGACGAGGAGAACUGCAAAGAGCCGGUGCACAAGUGCGACCCGUUCACCGAGUUCGAGUGCGGCAGCGGUAUGUGCAUUGCGUUGGACAAGGUGUGCGACAAGAAGCCGGACUGUCCCGGCUUCGAGGACGAACAACAGGACGGGUGCAACGUCAACGAGUGUCUGAUCAACAACGGCGGGUGUUCGCAGGUGUGCGUGGACAUGCCGCACACGUUCCGGUGCGACUGCAAUCCCGGAUACAAGCUGGUCGACAACAACACUUGCGACGACGUGAACGAGUGCGACAUCGAGGGCAGCUGCUCGCAGGUAUGCAUCAACGAGAAGGGAACGUACAAGUGCGAGUGCCAGCCGGGAUACCUGCGCGACCCACAGGACCACACCCGGUGCAAGGCGAUGGAGGGCCACGCUUCCCUGCUGUUCUCCAUGCAGCACAACAUCCGCAAGAUAUCGCUGGACCACCGCGAGAUGUCGGCCAUCAUCAACGGCACCAAGUCGGCCACAGCCAUCGAUUUCGUAUUCCGCACCGGCAUGAUAUUCUGGGGCGACGUGUCCGAGAAAAAGAUCUACAAGGCGCCGAUCGACGAGGGCCGGGAACGGUCCGUAGUGGUGGAGAGCGGCCUGUCGUCGGCCGACGGUCUGGCCGUCGACUGGAUUUACGGUCACAUAUACUGGACGAACGCCGAGAAGGACUCUAUUGAACUGGCCAACUUCGAGGGCAACAUGCAAAAGACGCUGAUCAAAUCCGAACUCAAAGAACCCAGGUCCAUCGCCGUAGACCCGAUCGGAGGUUGGCUGUACUGGAGCGAUUGGGGAAGCGACGCGAAAAUCGAACGGGCCGGCAUGGACGGCACUCACCGCGAGGUGAUCGCCUCGUUCGACGUCAAGUGGCCCAACGGCCUGACGCUGGACCUGGUGUCCAAGCGGCUGUACUGGGUGGACGCCAAGCUGCACACCAUCUCGUCGUGCAACUUCGACGGCAGCCAACGCCGCCUGGUGCUGUUCAGCCCCACCUGGUUGCCGCACCCGUUCUCCAUAUCCACGUUCGAAGACUCGCUGUACUGGUCCGACUGGAACAAGAAAGCCAUCGUCAAAGCCAACAAGUUCAACGGCUCCAACGUCACCACCGUCACCUCGUUGCACAUGGCACAAAACCCGAUGGUCGUGCACGUGUACCACCCGUACAGGCAACCCGACGGCGUCAACCAUUGCGCCGCCGUCAACGGCCACUGUUCCCAUCUGUGUCUGCCAGCUCCUCAGAUCAACGACAAGUCGCCGAAGAUAUCGUGCGCGUGUCCCAACGGGCUGACGCUGAUGGCCGACGGCCUGAUGUGCGCCGAAGAAGUUAAGGACAAAACGGUUUUAACUAAAUCAAACAAACACAAUCAUUAUAAAAAACCCGAUAUCAAAACGCUGUUACAUAUGAACAGGACAAUGAUUGGCAUAAACGACAACCACAAGAAUCAAGAAGACAGCGGGCUGGUCGCAGCCAUUUUCAUAUUCGCCGGAUCCCUGUUGGUCACUUUGGCGGCUUUGGGAGCUUUCUUGUUGUACCGACAGUACUUGCACCGCAACGUGACCAGCAUGAACUUCGACAAUCCCAUCUACAGGAAAACCACCGAGGACCAGUUCACGCUGGAAAAGAGCCAAUACCAACCGGCCAGAGUGUACCCCACGUCGGUCGGCGAAGAGUUUUUCCACAGUAAUUCGGCCCAAGAGCCGCUGACACGUCCAGGCACCAACGAGUACGUCUAAGGUAGACCGGUUUUUUUUUUUUUAGAGUUUAUCUGCAUACAGUUUGUAACAACACUAGUCAAUGUAAAACAAUUACACGUGUAAUUAUGUAUACAUACAUUUGUGUAUAUAAUAUUUCAAAAACGCACUUACGUCCAAACAGCGUCGACAAACGUCUCGGCGAGUUACCAAAUCCGCGAGGGUUUACCACUAUGCAGGAUCAAAGUGUGCCGUAUUUACCCCGAACGACUUAAAUUAGCCAUUUCCUAAAUUACAAAACAAAUAUAUCGAUUACUUGGCUUGCACGACAAAACAACGGUCGGAGUCUUCCUGUAUAGCGUUUUCUCGAGGGCCAUCGUUUCAACGACAACAAUAUUUUAUUUCUUCCAGGAGCCAAUUUUUUUUCUGUAUUUCUUUUUUUACAUAUAUAUUAUACAAAACAGUUCCUAUUGUUUAUUUUUUAUUAAUUUAUAUUUAAUAAUUUUUAAUGUAAAAAUAAAUUUCUAUUAUUAUUUAAGCUAUAUAUAUAUAUAUACAUACGGUUUGCCUAUUACGACUGAGGUGUGCGUGCCAAAUAGAGAAUUUUUCGUCUUCUUUUUUUUUUUGUUGUAUUAUUUAUUAUUAUCGUUUGUUGCUCAAAGUGGAAAUCCUUUGAUCUGUGUGUGAAACGUCGGUUUAAUGUGCAAUUUUCGACUGGUAAAUCGACAUUAAUAUUGUUUUAUUAUAUAAAUUCAUUCCGUUUCGAGUGUUUACAAAUAAUAGUUAGGGAAUGUAUUGAUACAAUACUUAGGUGGUAGCGCCAUUAUAUAUUUAACUGUCGCACGGUCGAUUUAGCGGCUAAUUAUAUUAAUAUAUUUACUAUUAAAUGUAGUCCGAUAAUUGUUGCAAGCUUAAAACCGUCUUAUUAGAUCAAAACUUAUUUUUACUGUUAAUUGGAUGUAUUUAAUAAUUUAUAAUUAUAAUAUAGAGGAACCAGCUCGGUUGGUGUAGUGGGUAGUUGAAUUGAGUAUUUAUUGUUUUUCUCGAAUGCCGUACGGUUUUUCAUUGUAUCCGUUCACGAACCCUAUUAAACGGCCAGUGCUCUGCCGAUUGAUGUUCUGGUUUUAUGUCAUUGUUGUUUUGAGAAUAAUUUAUACUUAUUGCCAUAUGCAAACAUGUUUUUAAACUAUUGUAAAAUUUUUGUUAGAUAAUAAUAGUUUUUAUUGUUUAACUAUAUGAUUUUUUUUUUUUUUUGUCUUUUUUAAAAUAUUUU